AUGCCAGAGAAAUCCGGUAAAGAAGUAAGAUAUAGAAACAAUUUACAGAAGAGGAAGAAGCAGAGAGUCAUUUUACGACUAAAGCCGUUAUCUUGUUCACAGCAUGAUUUGGAUUCUAAAGCAGAAGCUCCUACUUUAGAGUCGAAAAAAACAAUUGACGGCACUUCAUAUGGAACAACAGAGGAGGUUCCGUACGAUAAACGGGGAUUUAAGUACACACCAUGUCGUCCAAAUCCAUAUUUUCACUCAACAAAAUAUUCUACGACAGAUCUUCCUCCCUACAAAGCAAGAUUAUCAUAUUUCGAUCGAUCACAAGACACGCUGCUGAAUAAAAACAUGGAUGAAGCUACGGUAGAACAUGGAUGGAGAAGCUGUAGAACAAAUAUAGGAUUCAGAGAGGGCAAGUGGUAUGUGGAGUACAAAUUAUUGAAGUCAAACGAUGGUAAAAGCAACGUUCGUUUUGGUAUAGCACGUAAAGAAGCCAGCGUUGAAGCACCAGUGGGAUAUGAUGGAUAUGGCUAUGGAUUUCGGGACAAAGGAGGUGAAAAGGUUCACUUAAGCAAGCCAAUCAAAUUUCUACAGGGUGGGGAGGAGUUCCACUCAGGUGAUGUUAUUGGGCUUCUUGUGGAAUUACCAGAUAUGAAAACACAAAUGGAAAUAGCAAAACGUCAAAUCAGAGAUAGAACAACUACAGAUCCAGAGGAGGAGGAAAAGUUGGAGGAGCAGAAUAUAGCUGAGAAAGAGAAGAAAAACAAUGAGAAUCUCGACGAGCCAGAUUUCACCCAGGUUGGUGUAAUUAGAGAUGCCGUUCCGAUUAAGUACAGAAACAAACUUUUCUUUGAACAGUAUGAGUAUACAUAUUCAAUGCCGAUGGAUCACCUUCUGUAUCCUGUGACGGUGUUUGGCGAGAAGGCUGUGCGGGAUAAGAAGAAGUUCAAGCCGGCAAAGCUUCCAAAUUCGAGAAUAACACUAUACAAGAACGGAGAAAAGAAAGGUGUGGCAUUUGAAGGACUUUUUGCAUUUCUACCGCCAUGCUCUGAACAAGAGCAACUCAACAUCAAUCUUCACAGAGAGUACAACAAGUUCUAUGUGGGAAGAGAUGAUGGCUCGUUGGGGUAUUAUCCUAUGGUAAGCUGCUUCGAUGGUGGUAGAGUCAGGAUCAAUACUUCCGGUGUAUUAGAAUGUGUGCCGGAAGACUUAAAACAGGAUCUUAACGGUGGCAGCAUUCAACUAUUCAGCAGCAGGUACAAUGGUGUUAUAGUUGAGGGCUACACAUACGAUCUCGUGGACGAGACUGUAAACAGAUACCUCGAUCGGAUGGAAAGUAUACUUAAAGCAAAUUCAUAG